UUUCACAUGAACUUCAGGUGUAAACCGACUUUUUACCUGUCUAUCGAAACAUUUAUACCCUGUGUGUGUUAUAAAUAUUUGUGAAAAGCUUUUCGUGCAAAAGUACUGCCGACUGCCACAGUUCAACCGUAUUCAAUCGGCACGCAACUGGGCAUGCCAAUCAGUGCGCGCGGCGGUGUUUUUCAAUAGAAAACGUCAGAAUUAGAACUACACAGUUUGCCUCAGUCUCGCGUACGAGGAGGUUGGUGUGUUACUACAACUCGUAAAAGUAUCUCGGAUUACAACAAACGACAUCUCGAUUCUAACAGCACACACACCGUGUAAUGGCUUUUCUCCGUACAGUGAUCAGAUGUAGUGUUUAUAAGAAAUACGGAUUGCUGUUCGACCGCUCUCAAGCUAGUAAAAUCAAUUUCAAUCAAACUGUACUGAAAUCUUCGGCUGCUACUGAGACGCUGGUGGAGAAUCCGACUCAAGCCGUACAAAAUCAACCCCCGAAGGAUCCUCUGGAUAUCAGUUUUCAAGAUGCCAAGGCGGCUUUCAAGAGCAAAACCAAUUUUGAACUCAUCAGGGCAUACGUGGUAUACACGCUGUGCUCUUUUGAGUCUUUGGUUACACAUAAUAUGAAGCUGAUGAAACUAGCCAAAGACGUUUUGGGAGAAAAAUUGUUCAUUUUGUUGAUGAAGGCCACAUUCUACGGUCAUUUUGUGGCAGGCGAAGAUCAAGUGAAAAUUAGGCCGACACUUGAGAGGCUGAGAUCGUUCGGAGUCAAACCUAUCCUUGAUUAUUCCGUCGAAGAGGAUUUGUCGCAAGAAGAAGCAGAAAAGUUAGAAGUCGAGGCUUCAGUUCCCGAAGCUGGAGACGAAGCGAACGUCGAAGGUUCCCUGAAGCAGUACCACGUGGACAAAACGUUCGCCGACAGAAGAUACAAAGUGCAGUCUGCGAGGACGUAUUUCUACCUGAACGAGGCGACUUGUGAAAGGAACAUGGAGACAUUCAUCAGAUGCCUCGAAGCCAUCGCAGGGGCUACAUACGGUACUGGGAUUACAGCCAUCAAACUGACUGCUCUCGGCAGACCACAAUUACUGCUCCAGUUAUCGGAAGUGAUCAUGAGGGCGAGACAAUACAUGACUGAAAUAGUCGGAGGUGAGGGUAAUGUCCUCUCUCAUCAUCUCAAACACGAAGAUCUGGAGGCGAAAUUCGAGAAAAUUCAGGACAAAGAGUCGCUCAGAAAGUUCCUCAAGCAAGUUACCUAUGACAAACAGGGUGUUCUACAUUUGUUCCCUUGGUCCGGUAUCAUCGAUGAUAACCAAGAACUUAGUACUACCUUCAGAGUGCCCGACUUGAAAUCAGGACGCAUGAUUAGAUUGAUUACCCAGCUUUCUCCAAAGGAAGAAGAAAUGUUCAGGAACAUGAUAAGGAGAAUGAACACCAUUGUGAAAGCCGCACAAGAUAUGGACGUCCGCAUCAUGGUAGACGCCGAACAGACAUAUUUCCAACCAGCCAUUACACGAAUCACUCUCGAAUUCAUGAGGAAAUAUAACAAGGAUAAGGCCAUCGUUUUCAAUACUUAUCAGUGUUAUCUGAGGAACGCCUUGUCUGAAGUUGCUACCGAUUUGGAACAGGCGAAACGACAGAACUUCUAUUUUGGUGCUAAACUUGUUCGAGGAGCAUAUCUUGAGCAGGAAAGAGCGCGAGCUGCUGCAAUGGGCUAUCCUGACCCAACGAACCCUAGUUUCGAAGCAACUUCAGAAAUGUACCACAAUACUCUGACCGAAUGCCUGAGGAGAAUCAAAGCCUUCAAAGAAAAGGGGGAGGAUAAAAAAAUUGCCAUCAUGGUAGCCUCUCACAAUGAAGACACGGUCCGAUUUGCCAUUGAGAAGAUGAAAGAGUUUGGAAUCGAACCAAGCGAUAAAGUGAUCUGUUUUGGACAGUUGUUAGCCAUGUGUGAUUAUAUCACCUUCCCGUUAGGUCAAUCCGGUUAUUCUGCAUACAAAUACAUCCCUUAUGGACCUGUGAAUGAAGUUCUCCCCUACCUGUCCAGGCGAGCUCAUGAAAACAAAGGGGUACUGAAGAAAAUCAAGAAGGAAAAAAGUUUACUCUCCAAAGAAAUUUUGAGGCGUUUGGUAACUGGUCAGAUUUGGUAUACUCCUAAAGGGAAAUAUGUUCCAGUGUAAAAAGGUUCAACUUCAACUCCGAAAAUCCUUGAAUUGAUGCUCUUUUCCCUUUUUAGCUGGCAACAUCCCCAUCUGUAGAUAAGUAGUAAAAAAGACGAUUCCACCUGUCUGUCUACUAUUUUUUUAAGUAACGUCUGCGUGAAUGGUUCUCAGAUGAAAGGGAUACGACACGGCUGUCACUUCACACAUGGCCUACUCCAGAAUACUCGCUUCUUUUCUCACGAAGAAUUUCAUAUUAUAGUUUUAAUUUUAAAUCAUUAGAAAGAAAUCUGUUAGGUCAAUUAAGAAACGGUUGUUGAUUAAAGGCUGACGGAUAUAGACAAUGUGAGAAUUUGUAACAUGUUGGUGAAGCCAUCCUUUCUCGAAGUAUUGUUAAGUAGUAUUAUUUUAUCUCAUUAUACAACCUAUUUAUUUUACCUUCGCCAUCGAAAUAUGACAAGAACAAUGCAGUUCACGCAGAUACGAGAAACUUAGCAAAGUAUUUGAAAUAGUUCAAUAAAUUCUGUACAGUUGUAGUUGUGAGUGAAUGUUUAUUCCGAUGUGUUUUGAAAAAUGUUUAUGACUUUCCUACGGUUUUUCAUGGAAUCUCUUUGACAAAACGGAAAUUCACAUCGACAGUUUGGAAGUGACCGCCACAAAUAUCUAGACAAAUUCCGGAAAAAUAUAGCAAGAUCAUCAAAUUGAUAGUUCCAAUGAAGGAUAUUGUGGCGGUUCAUUUCCAAAU